AUGGAGUUGGACAAUGGAACCAGAGUGCAGAAAUUCAUUCUGCUGGGCUUUGGAGUUGGGCAACAGGAACGGUUCCUGCUCCUCAUCUUUUUCGGCAUUCUCUAUGUGAUCACGUUGGCUGAGAACAUCACCAUCAUCACAUUAGUGGCUCUAGACACUCACUUGUCUCGGCUUCCCAUGUACAUCCUGCUGGGCAACUUCUCCUGGCUGGAGAUCUGUUACGUGAGCACCACUGCCCCCCGGAUGCUCUCUGACUUGACAUCCCCUUAUGGGAUCAUCUCCUUUAAUCAGUGCUUCUUUCAGUUCUAUAUGCUAUUUUCUUUUGGUGCCACUGAAAAUUUCUUCCUCUCUGCCAUGGCCUUGGACCGGUACUUGGCUAUCUGCCACCCCCUUCACUACCCACAACUCAUGACUCAAGAGUCCUGCUACAACCUUGUCAUUGCUAGUUGGAUCUGCGGUUUUAUGGGAUACGUCAUCCCAGUGAUUAUGAUGUCCAAGAUGUCUUUCUGCGGCCCCAACAUCAUCGAUCAUUUUUUGUGUGAUCCAGGUCCUAUUCUGUCCCUGGCCUGUCCCCCAUUAGGAAUGGCCCCCAUUGUUUUCCAAAUUAGUGCAAAUGUUCUUAUUAUGAGCAAUGUGUUGUUUGCCAUCCUAUCCUAUGCUGUCGUGAUUCUCACUCUGAUGAAACCCUCUUUCGAAGGCAGUCGUAGGAAGGCCUUCUCCACCAUUUCCUUCCACAUAGUGGUGGUGACCCUUUUCUAUGGCUCUGUUGCAGGCAUGUACUUAGCUCCUGACGGAGAAAAUCAGAGAGAGAUUGCUAAGGCGAUAACACUUUUCUACACUUCUGCUACACCCUUUCUGAACCCCAUGAUUUAUUGUUUGAGGAAUGAUCAGGUAAAGGAGGCAUUACGAAGGUUGUCAAAAAGAAGGCUGAGAUUGGGAUGA